AUGAGUCAAGAGAGCAAGGGAGACAAGACCAAACCGGUUAGAGACUCCGGUAAGCAUCCGGUUUACCGGGGUGUCCGAAAGAGAAGCUGGGGAAAAUGGGUUUCAGAGAUAAGAGAGCCAAGGAAGAAAUCUCGUAUAUGGCUCGGAACGUUUCCUUCACCGGAGAUGGCGGCGCGUGCUCACGAUGUAGCUGCUUUGAGCAUCAAAGGAACCUCCGCGAUACUCAACUUCCCUGACCUCGUGGGCUCUUUCCCACGGCCAAGCUCGCUUAGCCCUAGAGACAUCCAAGUCGCAGCUCUCAAAGCUGCACACAUGGAGACCAUCAUGAAGACCUCACAGUCUUCUCCUUCUUCUUCUCUAACGUCUUAUUCUUCGCUAGAGUCACUUGUGUCUACUGGCUCGGAGGAGCUAGAGGAGAUUGUUGAGCUGCCGAGUUUAGGGUCGAACUAUGAUGGUACGACGCAGCUAAGUUAUAACGAGUUCAUUUUCUCUGACUCGGCAGACUUUUGGGGUUAUCCACCACAUCAGUUGUCAGAAGGUGAUUAUGAGAUGAUUCCUGGCUCAGAAGUGUGGAAAGUUUUGAAAAAUAAAUAA